CUUGCUCGUUUUCACAAGAGCAUCUCGAACUUACGACGGGCGCGUAGAAGUUUGAUGCUUUGAAACUGAUAGAAGGUCUCUAAUUUGCUUUCACUGUGUUAUACAUUUAAUUUAAUUAAAAAAAAAUGGUGGACUAUAGCAAGUGGAAGAAUAUUGAGAUUUCAGAUGAUGAGGAUGAUACUCAUCCUAAUAUUGAUACCCCCAGCUUAUUUCGUUGGCGUCAUCAAGCAAGAGUUGAGCGCAUGGCUGAAUUUCAGCAUGACAAAGAUGAAUGUGAAAGAUUAACUGCAGAGAAUGAGCAUAAGCAGGUUGAUGUGAAAGAAAAAAUUAAGUAUGCAGAAACAAGUAAUGAAUUGAACAUGGAUGAGUUAAAACAAGAACUUAAUAAAUUAGAAGAGGAGGCAAAAAGGUUACACAAGCAAAGGGAAGAACUUCAAAAGAAAGAGAAAUUAAUGCCUUGGAAUGUGGACACUAUAAGUCAUGAAGGAUUCACAAAAACAGUCAUAAAUAAGGCAGCACUACUCAAGUACGAAGAAUUAACAGAAGAGCAAAAAGCUGAAAAGCAACGUAUUUUUGUUCGAGAAAAUGAGGAAUUACUGAAAAAGUUUGGUUUGUUUCAAAAGUAUGAAGAUAGCAAAAACUUCCUUCGGGAGCAUCCUCAUCUUGCUUGUGAAGAAACUGCAAAUUAUUUAGUUAUUUGGUGCAUAAAUUUAGAAGUAGAAGAGAAACAUCAGUUAAUGGAGCAUGUGGCACAUCAGUGUAUUUGCAUGCAGUAUAUACUUGAAUUGUCUAAACAUCUGAAUGUUGAUCCACGCUCUUGCAUAUCCUCUUUUUUCACUAGGAUUCAGAUAUCUGAUUCAGAAUAUAAAGAAGCUUUUAAUGUUGAACUUGAAGCAUUCAAAAAACGUGUUAAGGAACGAGCAAGAAUUCGAAUUGAGAAGGCAAUUCAAGAAGCUGAAGAGGAAGAUAGAAAAGAACGGUUAGGACCAGGGGGCUUAGAUCCAGUAGAAGUUUUUGAAUCUCUUCCUGAUCUUAUGCCUCCAAUCUAUUGGCAUUCUAUUUCUUUUCUUUAACACAAGAAAGUGAAU